AUGUCACUUGGCAACCAGCAAGAUAUUAUCAUUGUAGGAGGAGGUCCAGUUGGUCUGUGGACAGCCAGUCAAAUCAAAUUAUUAAAUCCACAAUUAAAUAUUCUAAUUUUGGAAAAACAUGAAAAUUACAAAAGAAGUCAUUUCGCAUUCUUGGAAGCAAAUUCAUUUGAAUUGAUGGCUGAGCAUCCAAAUUUGAUGGAUUUAAAGAAUAGGUUGCAAUCGGAUAAGAAAAUCAAGACAAGUGAAUUGGAAGAAACUUUAUUCGAAUUGUGUAAUCAACUUGGUGUGCAAAUAAUUAAAGGAUUUCCGGUUGAGUGUGGUAAAGAAAUUGAAGCAAAUUUUCCUGGAGUUCAAUUAAUUAUUGGUGCAGAUGGUGCUCACAGUACUAUUCGAAAGACAGUUUGUUCUGGGUUAUUAGAAAGUGAAAUUUUUAAAUAUUCGAAUCAUUUUCACACUCUCAUGGAGGUGAAAUAUCAAGCUAUUGGCGAAACUAAACCAAUGGAUAUGAUCAAUAUCGGCUAUCCACUCAUGAAACACAUUGGAGUAGUUGUGAAUGAAAUUAUUGGAAAGCAAAACGAAAGUGGAAAUAGUCCAAUAACUUUACAAUUUUUUGUGAAUGAAAAUAUUGGAGAAUCAAUCAAGAAUGCAACAUUUAAGAAUCCAAUUCAAUUCCACUCCAUGAAAGAAACUCUUCCAAAUCAAAUUCGAGCAAUAAUUGAAUUUUGGUUGGCAGCUCGUUUCCAAUAUUAUGCAGAGAAACAUGUCGAAAGUUCUGUAACUAUUACAAGCACCAAAUUGGGAUCUUAUGCAAGUAGAUAUUAUGUGAGAAAUUUUGGAACGAAAGCAAUUUAUUGUUUGGUUGGAGAUGCUGCUUUUGGAAUGCCUUUUUUUAGAAGUUUAAAUAAUGGACUAUUGUGCGCAACUAUUCUAGCUCAAUGUGUUGUGAAACAUUUUGAGGGAAAAGAUUAUCAAUUUGCAUUCUCUUUGGAAGGUGUUGUGAAUUCUCUUGUUGGUGGAACGAAACAAUUUCUUGGACUUUCGAAUAUUCCAUACGAAGGUGAACAUAUUUCUCAACCUCUAAUCAAAUAUGCAAGUUAUGCAAUGAAUUUGGAAGAAUCACAAUUGAAAAUAGCAAGAGCAAAAAGUAUUGGAUUGAAAACUUUCCAAACUUGGACCAAAAUUAGUGCAAUUGUUCCUUGGCAAGUGAAUAAGCUCAGACCAGAACAAUUGGAGGAAGUUAGGACAGCCAUUGGAAUAUUUAGUAGUGAGGAUGAUAGAGAAAUGUAUGAUGAUAUUGUGGAAGAUGGAUUUGUUCUUGUGGAAAAAUUGUAA